AUGGUUCUCCCAUCGCCCUCCACAUCUACACCCACGGGUGGCAAGGGAAGUGCCGUGGGCCGUCAGCGCGUAUCUACACCACAAUCGAUCGAAAGGCUGCACAAACCCUUCAAAUGCCCUGGCGUUGCUGGAAGGACCCCUGCCGCCGAUCGACCAGCUCGGAAGCGAAGAAAGGUUGACUACGCCGGCGCUGAUGGGGAAACCGACGCAGACAAGCCAUAUAACAACCAAGAUCGACUCGCCCUUGCCACGCGAGACGCCAACCGAUUUCCCGUAUUUCAGCCCAAGGACAAGGGGGUCGUCUUCCGCAAGGCCUUCUCGGUUCCUCUUAAGAACAAGGACAGUCCCGCCUACAACCCCAAUCGCCCCCCACCUACCCUUGGCCUCCGCCAGGGCGCUGUAUUCAUUCCAAAAGCUCUACACGACCCCAGUGGUGAGUUUGCUAUUGUUCUUCAUGAUCCAACCGUCGACGACAAGCCUAUUGAGGCCCCCAAGGUUGUACCGGAACAGGUCGAGGCGAAUGGUUCUGCGGAGAAACUGGAUGCGCCAUUGGUGCACAAAAGUCUGGCUGAGAUCCUCGGCAUUAGGAAGAAGGUGGAUGGGGAGCAUCCUCGCGUCCCUGUCGUCAUUGAUCCCAGGCUCGCCAAGAUUCUCCGGCCUCACCAAGUUGAGGGUGUCAAGUUCAUGUACCGAUGUGUGACCGGCAUGAUAGACGAAAAGGCCAACGGUUGCAUCAUGGCCGAUGAGAUGGGUUUGGGCAAGACUCUGCAAUGUAUCAGUCUCAUGUGGACGCUGCUGAAACAGUCACCCGAUGCCGGUAAAUCCACGAUUCAAAAGGCAAUUGUGGUAUGUCCUGCCAGUUUGGUCAAGAACUGGGCCAACGAGUUGGUAAAAUGGCUUGGUGCUAACGCCGUCACACCGUUUGCCAUCGAUGGCAAGGCCACAAAGGAGGAAUUGACUCGUCAAUUGCGUCAAUGGGCUAUUGCCAGUGGCCGGUCUGUGACUCGUCCUGUCAUUAUUGUCUCAUAUGAAACCCUGCGCUUGAAUGUGGAAGAGCUCAAGCAUACCAAAAUCGGAUUGUUAUUUUGCGAUGAGGGUCAUCGGCUGAAGAACAGCGACAGCAACACAUUCAAUGCCCUCAACAGCCUUAAUGUCUCACGACGGGUCAUCCUCACGGGAACUCCUAUUCAGAACGACCUUACAGAGUAUUUCUCUCUCACUAGCUUUGCGAACCCAGACCUGCUUGGAACGCGGUUAGAAUUUCGCAAGCGGUUCGAAAUCCCCAUCCUUCGGGGGCGAGACGCGGAUGCGUCAGAGGCGGACCGCAAAAAGGGCGAUGAAUGCACCGCGCAGUUGCUUGGCGUCGUCAACAAAUUCUUGAUUCGCCGGACCAACGACAUCCUCUCCAAGUACUUGCCUGUCAAGUAUGAGCACGUGGUCUUUUGCAACUUGGCUCCAUUCCAGCUUGACCUCUACAACUAUUUUAUCACAAGCCCAGACAUCCAGGCUCUUCUCCGGGGCAAGGGAAGUCAGCCGCUGAAAGCUAUCAACAUCUUGAAGAAGCUUUGCAACCACCCGGACCUUCUCAACCUGGCCGAUGAUCUGCCAGGCUCUGAGGGGUGUUUCCCCGAUGAUUAUGUUCCCAAGGAAUCACGCGGUCGAGAUCGUGAGAUCAAGCCAUGGUACUCUGGCAAGAUGACGGUCCUUGAUCGGAUGCUUGCUCGCAUCCGUCAGGAUACCAAUGACAAGAUCGUUUUGAUCAGCAACUAUACCUCGACUCUGGACCUAUUUGAGCGACUUUGCCGCUCUCGCCAAUACGGAUGCCUCCGACUCGACGGCACAAUGAAUGUCAACAAGCGCCAGAAGCUUGUCGACCGAUUCAACGACCCCGAGGGCGACGAGUUUGUUUUCUUGCUCAGCAGUAAGGCAGGUGGCUGCGGUAUCAACUUAAUUGGUGCAAAUCGACUGAUCCUUUUUGACCCUGACUGGAACCCAGCUGCUGAUCAGCAAGCCCUGGCUCGAGUUUGGCGUGAUGGUCAAAAGAAGGAUUGUUUUGUCUACCGCUUUAUUGCGACAGGAACCAUUGAAGAGAAAAUCUUCCAACGCCAGUCCCACAAGCAAAGUCUUUCCUCAUGUGUCGUCGACUCGGCGGAGGACGUUGAACGGCAUUUCUCGCUUGAUAGCCUCCGCGAGCUCUUCCAGUAUCGUGCCGACACCAAGAGCGAUACCCACGAAACGUUCAAGUGCAAACGAUGCAAACCAGACGGGAAGCAGUACAUCAAGGCACCAGCUCUGUUGUAUGGAGACACCAGUACUUGGAACCAUUUUGUCAAUAGCGGAUUGAAGCCCAUCCAGGACUUGUUGCUUCGCCAAGAAUGUGGAGAGCCAGAUGUGUCUGCUGUGUUCCAGUACAUAUCUCAUUGA